UCGGAGGCUGCGAUGUGCGCAAGGUGAGUCGCCCAUGGCCACCAUGGCUUGCAUGUUGCGUACUGACAAUGUAUUCCAGCCCGAAGCUUUGCAGGCCGCCGCAGAUCGCUGCGUAAAGGAGCUCGGUGGGAUCGACUUUGUGAUUGCUGGCGCAGCAGGCAACUUCAUCGUGCCCAUUUCGGGCAUGAGCUCCAACGCCUUCAAGUCCGUCAUGGACAUUGAUGUCCUCGGCACCUUCAACACCAUCAAGGCCACGAUGCCACACCUGCUGCGUAGCUCAUCCCCUCGCAUCAUCUAUGUGUCCGCCACUUUCCACUACACCGGCGUCCCGCUCCAAGCCCACGUGUCGGCGGCCAAGGCGGCCAUCGACUCGCUGGCGGCGUCGGUCGCUCUCGAGUACGGUCCUCGUGGCGUUCAGAGUAAUGUCAUUGCGCCAGGCGGCAUUGAGGGCACGGAGGGUCUCGCGCGGUUGGGCAGCGACAGGCCGGAGGACGUGAAGGCGUACAUGAAGCACAUCCCAUCAGGCAGGAUAGGGACUGUUCGUGACAUUGCAGACGCGACCGUCUUCCUGUUCAGCGACGCGGGCACCUACAUCAACGGUCAGAUCAUCCCCGUGGAUGGCGCGGCGUGGAGACGACAGGGUGAUGUGCAUGUCGGUGUCGAUGGGACGAUGCAAUAUCCCGACUUCCUGCUGACUGGUGAGAUUUCCAAAAAUCUCAGGGAUCCUAGGAAGGACAAGUCGAAGCUGUGAGGGGAAGAUGCUGGCACGUGCUGCCUGGUGCAACCAAGGCUGCGCCUGCUCACAAUGUCUCCUGCCCUUUUUCGAGCUCUCAUCUCUGAGUACUACCUCACCUACUGCCUUACCUUACAUUAGCAUGUACAGCAAAUGAAUUCCUAAACCUGACGUUAGUAAGCAAGCAUUUGGUGUGUGCAUACACACUUAUAUUGCAGUAUGCAUUAUGCCUUUUAACGCGACGUCCACUAAU